AUGCUGGAGUGCAGAGCGUGUGUAGGGCGCGCCAUUCGGACACCACCGUUCGACGCGCCGUCCGGUUUGGCGCCCAUCGAGAAACCGACACCGGUCUCGCAUUCGCCGAAACUGCGAGGCGGCGCGAUAGCGAUUGCGAAUGAGAAGGCGGUGCGACAGCAGCUGGGCAAACUAAAGGAUCCCAUCAAACUCGCCCAACAUGUCGAAUAUGCGCUGCGUUGUGGACAUCCGGACAGUGCCCUGGAUCUCUGCCGACGCGCCAGCAGGAACAUGUCCUGCACAGUCGCGUGGAAUCAUAUCUUGGCCUGGCACAUGGAGAAGCACCAGGUCUCCAAGGCCAUGGAUAUCUACAACGAAAUGAAGAAGCGAGGCCAGUUCCCCGACAGCUAUACCUACAUGCGCCUCCUCACUGGCUUUACCGAGAAUAAAGGACACACCGCGAAGGCCGUGUCCAUCUACUACAGCAUGAGCAGUCCCACCAGCAGAGUGAAGACGAGCAUCAUGCAUACCAAUGCUGCACUCAGGUUGUGCGCCUUGACAAAGGACAUGGACGCGCUAUGGGGCAUUGCCAGCAAGCUGCCGGAGAGGGGGCCAAAUGCCCCAGAUGCCGUGACAUAUACCACCAUUCUGCAAGCCAUUCGGCACAGCUCCAUGGGAGACGAGGCCGAUCCGGCGAUGAUGUGGAAAUUGAGACAGGACGCCGUCAAUGAAGGCAGGCGGAUCUGGCAAGAGAUCAUUGCCAAGUGGCGAGCUGGUAAGCUUGUCAUUGACGAAAAGCUAGUCGCCGCAAUGGCAAAUCUCCUCCUGAUCAGCAGAAGAAUGGCCGACUGGGACGAUGUGCUCAACUUGGUGCUGCAGACUACAAGGAUUGAACGCCUGGUCGCACCGCUUGGAGAUGCAAAGCGCCAGACAGGACACGUCCGUGUGGAUGGUCAACUUGACCCAAAACCGCAUUCGGCCGUUGAAGAAGACCACGAAGGCUUUAUGCCCACCCCUUCUGCCCGUGCCUUCAUGCCAGUCACUCCUAUUGCGCGGACCGGACAUCAGCUAGGAUCAAGUUCGCUGGCCUGGGUUUGUCCGGGUAACAGCAUUCUGUCAGUCCUCAUCCGCGCCUGCUCCAUGAUGCAAAGUGCCGAAGCCGCCAAUCGCUAUUGGGACAUUUUGACCUCCGAACCCUACAAUGUGGCGCCUGAUACCGCCAAUUUUCAUACUCUACUACGACUCCUCCGCGUCAAUCGCAGCGCUCAACGUGCAGCCCAUGUUUUAUACCGGAUGCAUAACGAAGCUGGAGUUCCUCCGACCGCAUCAACUUAUCAAAUGGCCAUGAGUGUAUGUGCUCGCGACCAUAAGAACCCAAACAUCGUCAACGUCGCGACCACUAUUAUAGAUGACAUGGGUAGACAUCUCGAAAACCUCGAUAUGAAUACCCUUGAAAUGUAUUUAAGUAUUGCACUGACUACAAAUAACGGACCAAGCAUCGGGAGAGCUCUGAAUCGUAUCUUGGCAUUCAAUCAGGUAAGAUUGCGCCAAGCGAAGAAUCUCUAUCAAGCAAUGAUCGGAUCUGUCGAUACUCUCUUGUCGAGGAAUUUGGUCGUGGGUCCACAAGCAGAGGAGUACUGGCAGCAGAAGAGGAGGAAGCUGGAUGGAUUGUUGAGUAUUUCGAAAUUCAAGUUAACCGACAAGAGGAGGUAG